AUGUUAGUAGCAUGCGACUUGGGCUUUGACAAUGAGAAUAUAACAAAAAGUUGGGCAGAAAUUUUUGUCAAGCUUUUUAAAUCCUUUUCUCCAUCUGGCUUGUCAUUGCCCAAGCUAUAUUCAUGGGUACAUCACACAUCUUCUUCCAUUGAAUACUUUGGUUCACUCAAUGGUCAAACAGCUGAAACAUAUGAAUCACUUCACAAAUCAUCAGUUAAAAUUCCUUAUAGGUACACAAAUAAAAGAAAUCCUGUUAAUCAAAUGUUAAAUCAUGUAAAUACAUUUACUUUAUCAUUAACAAUUUGUGAUUCUCUUAAAAAUACUCAAAAUAAACCAAACAAAAUAAAUGGUCAUUCUAAAUUGAUAAAACCAACAUUAAAAUUUCUACUUGCUAAUAUUUAUGACAAUAUAAAUAAUGAACAACUCAAAUCAAAUGAAACUAUUGAUCUUUUUGAAACAGCAAGGCUGCGUUCUGAUGAAUAUAUAAGAUGCACAGAAAAUUUUUAUUCUGAACCUAUGUUUAGUAAUAUUAUGAUUUGUAUGAAUGAAGAAGAUUUAAAAGGUUAUCCAAGUGAUAAUGGAAAGUGUUAUGGAAAG